GUGUGGAGACGUUUGUGGACGCGGUGGUAGAAUGUGAAUGAGUAGAGUCAUUGCAAUAGUCCGCAGAACACAAUGAGGUAUUUCAUAUCCAGGGAGCGUGAGUGGAGAGUAUCCUGCAGCGUUUUCCGAUGGACCUACACGAUUUAAUGAGAUUAUAUAGUAAAACCGCUAUUGGAUGAGUCACAUGUUGCGCUGCUAAAAUAGCGUUGUGCGAGAUCACUUCCAAAUCACCCCUUCUAACAAACAAGCCGAGUUAUAGUCAAUAUCGAGUCCAUUAAGAGUGAUAUUUCUUCAGCUACCUCUACCAUACUGAUGUGCCAUUGUUUUGAUCACAAAACUUCCAAAAGGACCAGGAAUUAGAGAACAGUUACUCUUCAUAAUGAGGAAGAAAAAAAAAGUGGAGAUGCCUAGGAAGAAUCGCAGUGCAACAUUCUACCAGGAACUAUUUGAUGAAGUUGCAGUUUACUUUUGUAAAGAAGAGUGGGACUACCUAAAAGAAGAGGAGAAAGAACUUUACAAAGAUGUAAUGCUUGAGAAUUACAUGGCCCUCAGGUCACUAGGUUAUGCUGUUGUCAAACCUAUAAUCAUAUCAAAAAUUAAUCAAGGAGAAGAACCUUUCAUAAGAGUUCCACCAAGGUCAAAGGGGAAAGUAGGUGCCGACCUCCUCUUAGCAGAUGGGAUGAUGGACGUUGAUACUUAUCUAGAUCAUCGCGUUACCAAUCACUCUGCGACUUCUACCAUGCAUAGAAAUACUGGGCACAGUAAGGAAAAAAACCCAAGAAGAAGCCUAAAGAAGUCAUUGAGAACUAAGAAAAUAAAUGUGGCAAAAGAAGAAAAGAAUUCAGGAUAUAUAUCUGAAAAUAAACAUGUUAAAAAGCCAAACUUUUCAGUUGAUUCUGUUAAGAAACACGAAAGUCUACAACCCUUGAACAACCAUGAAGAACAUAAUAAGAACUUAUCCGUGAAGGAGUAUGAUUGCCACAAAUGUGGGAAAACCUUUAGACAGAAAUCUGCUUAUACAUGUCACCAAAGAAACCACACCAUAGCAUCACCAUGUAACUGCUGUGAUAGUAAGGCAUGUUUAAUAUGCACUAAGGAUCCUAAUAAGAAAGGGUCAAGAGAGACUAAUUUCUUUUCAUGUUCUGAGUGUGGGAAACUGUUCUUUUAUAAGUCACAUUUUCGCAUUCAUCAGAGAAUCCAUACAGGAGAAAAGCCAUUUAGAUGCUCCGAAUGUGGAAGAAAAUUUAACAAGAAAUCCCUUGUUGUAAGACAUAUGAGAAUUCAUACAGGAGAGAGGCCAUUUUCUUGCCCUGACUGUGGAAAGUCCUUUAGCCGGGCUUCACAUUUGGUUAUUCAUCAAAGAAGCCAUAAAAGAGACCAGUUACUUUCAUGUUCAGAAUGCGGGAAAUGCCUUAGUCAGUAUUCUGUUCUUCUUAUACAUCAGAGGAUUCACACAGGAGAAAAACCUUACGCCUGCCCUGAAUGUGGGAAAAGUUUUAGAGAGAAAGCAAAACUAUCAAUACAUUUGAGAAGUCACACAGGAGAACGGCCUUACGUGUGUUCUGAAUGUGGGAGGGGCUUUACCUGUGGUGGGAAUCUUUUUAAGCAUCGGAAAACACACACUGGUGAAAAACCGCAUGAGUGCCCUGAAUGUGGGAAGUGCUUUGGCCGACGCUCACAUCUUGUUAAUCAUCAGAGGAUUCAUGCAAGAAAGUCCAGAAAGUAGCUUUAUGGCAUUGGUUUUCAUUAAAUAUGAAUCCAAAUACAGAAAAGCCCCUUGGUAGAGGAAAUAAAUGUAUCUUAUAUCAGAAUUCAUUUGAGUGCUAAUAUUAAUGCAUCUUCAAGAUCUACCUCAGCAAUCUGUAUGUAUAUAUUUGACAUUGUAAAGUGGAUAAGUAAAGCAAACUAAUGAGCAAA